AUGUUCCAACGUUCCAGUACUCGAACGAGUGAUACUCCGAGCACAAGAUCAGCUCCGAGUUGGUUCCUUCUUCUCUCAUCACUCAUUCUCUUCCGAUUACUUUCUAGCCUUUUCACUACCACCUAUUUCAGUGCCGAUGAAUAUUAUCAAGGAAUUGAAAUUGCUCAUUCUCUUCAUUUUCCUCAACAUCCACAUAUCAUACCGUGGGAAUGGCAAUCGGAACAUGCACUGAGAGGUUAUCUUCAUCCCAUGAUACUCUCAGUGGGAUAUUACCUCAUGGAUUAUAUUCCUCAGAAAAUUAAUCAUGAAUCAUUAUUAUUUAAUAAUUUAUUUAAUCAUUUAAAGGGAAUGGAAAAGGAUGAAGAAAUGCAACAACAUCAAAUGAUAUGGAUGGGAUUUUUAGCAUGGUGGCUUCCUCGAAUGGUACAAGCAGUGCUCACAGCCAUCUCCGAUUACUUUUUGUAUUUAAUUUGUGUAAAAUAUUUUGAAAAUUGGAAAAUUGGAAUUUGGUGUUUAAUAAUUGCAUGUACAAAUUGGUUUCAUAUUUAUUGUGGAGUGAGAACAUUUUCCAAUACCAUGGAAAUGAAUGUCACACUUAUUGCAAUCUAUUACUUUCCCUAUUCAUUAAUAUCAAAAAAUCAAAAAGAACAUGAAAUCUCAUCCUCAACCACAGAAAGAGAAACAACCCUCAAUAGAAUAGAUAAUCGAUGGAAUCUAUGGAUAUUUUUUGCUGGCAUGGGAUGUGUCAUUCGUCCUACAAAUGCCAUUGUUUACAUUCCAUUGUUUUUAUAUCAAUUAUAUUGUGAGAAACAUAGACUUCGAUAUUUUACAAGUUUGUUUGCAUACAUAAUAUUUUGGAUUGCUGUAUCCGUGAGAAUUGACUCUCUCAUGUAUGGAAGGUUGACCAUUGUCAUUUUGAACUUUUUGGAGUUUAACAUUGUAAAAAAUUUGGCUCAUUUAUAUGGCACUCAACCGUGGCAUUGGUAUUUCACACAAGGAUUUCCAGUCAUUUUAUUGAGCUACUUCCCAUUCUACAUUUGGAUUAAUUAUUUCAACAAGGAAAUUCGAGCAAAAUAUUUCAAGUUGAAUCUGGUCAUUCUUUUUCCCAUUGUAUUGUAUUCCUUUCAGACCCACAAAGAAUUUAGAUUUAUUUAUCCUAUUCUUCCCCUAUGUUUUAUUUCGAUAGCUGAAUAUUGUUACCAAAAGUUGCAUGAACAGAAGAACCGUGUGAGUGUAUUUAACAUGAUGUUGGUUUUCGCAAUCUGUAUUCAAACAGUGGCAGUAAUAUAUCUUGGAAGAGUUCAUCAGAAUGGGCCUCAUCAAGUCAUGGAUUAUCUAAGGAUGGAAUACUACAAAGAGAAGGCUAAAUACAUGAACGUUAGCGGUGCCGAUCACAACCCAUUUUCCGUACACUUAUUGAUGCCAUGUCAUCAUACCCCAGGUUACGCCUUUCUCCAUCACCAUCUAUUUUCACCAUCUAACGGCAUCCAGCUUUAUCACUUGGAUUGCUCUCCUUUUGAUGGCAACAACACUCAAGCAGAUCAAUUUUACAGAGAUCCUGUCAACUUUACCAUUAAUCAAUCAAAAACCAUUCAAAGCGCAGACUAUGUGGUCAUGUAUGACACCAUGAGCAAAACUCUGAAACCGGUGCUGGAGAAUGAAUUCUCACUCACCAAACAAGCAUUCCACAUGCAUAAUUUCAUGCUUCAUGACAGUCGAAUGGGUCAACACAUGGACAUUUGGAAGAAAAAUCAGCGAUAA